ACUAGUCUCCGGCCUAUUCCGCCGCGCCGAGAUGCUCGAGGUCGAGUGAGCCGAACGCCGGGCCGACUGGGGAAAGAGGGAGUGAGGCCGCCGAGCAACGAGCGCCCGAUUGUUUCAAACCCAAACCGACCCAGCCUAAUCGACAAGGGGAAAAAAAGUCGAUUGCUGCCGCUACUCACCGAUGGAGGAGCCGGGCCGCUUCUACAUGAUGUCUUCGUUCGGUCAGGCACCGCGGGAGAGAGAUGAUUUUGGGCAGAAGAGGAGGAAGCGAAGCCGCUGGAGCAACGAGACUUCGGAUCAGAAGACGGUGAUCCCUGGAAUGCCGACUGUGAUUCCUCCGGGACUGACCCGGGAUCAGGAACGUGCUUAUAUUGUGCAACUACAGAUUGAAGACCUGACUCGCAAACUGCGUACUGGAGACCUUGGUAUCCCCCCAAACCCUGAGGACAGGUCUCCCUCCCCUGAGCCAAUCUACAACAGUGAGGGCAAGAGGCUGAACACCCGUGAGUUCAGAACUCGGAAGAAGCUGGAAGAGGAGAGACACAAUCUCAUUCAAGAGAUGAUUGCCCUCAAUCCUGACUUCAAGCCUCCGGCAGAUUACAAGCCACCAGCCACGCGUGUGAGCGACAAAGUGAUGAUCCCACAGGAUGAAUAUCCAGAAAUAAACUUUGUUGGACUCCUGAUCGGCCCCAGAGGCAACACACUGAAGAACAUCGAGAAAGAAUGCAAUGCCAAAAUCAUGAUCCGAGGCAAAGGCUCGGUGAAGGAGGGGAAGGUGGGCCGCAAGGACGGACAGAUGCUUCCGGGGGAAGACGAGCCACUGCACGCACUGGUCACAGCAAACACUAUGGAGAACGUGAAGAAGGCAGUCGAACAGAUCCGAGGUAUCCUGAAGCAGGGGAUUGAAACUCCCGAGGAUCAGAACGACCUUCGGAAGAUGCAGCUGAGAGAACUGGCUCGCCUCAAUGGCACUCUGCGAGAGGAUGACAACAGGAUACUGAGACCAUGGCAGAGCACAGAACCACGAAGCAUCACCAACACGACGCUGUGUACCAAGUGUGGUGGGGCUGGGCACAUUGCUUCCGACUGCAAAUUUUCCAGUGGGGCCUCGUUCAGCAGGCCGGGAGACCCUCAGUCAGCUCAAGACAAGGCGCGAAUGGACAAGGAGUACCUGUCACUGAUGGCCGAGUUGGGAGAAGCCCCGGUCCCGGCAUCAUCGUCCUCGGCCCAUCCGAGCUCCACACAGCAGACCAUCCCACGGACUACAGGACCUGGCAGUAGCCAGCAGCAGCUUCCAAACAGACCUCCAUGGAUGAGCUCCGGGCCCUCGGAUACCAACAGACCCUACCACGGGAUGCACGGUGGUCCCAGUGGGCCGCACCCAGGUUUCCCUCCGCCGAUGCCCAACAUGAGCGGGCACCCGAUGCCGCACAAUCCCAAUGGACCUCCGCCACCUUGGAUGCAGCCACCACCGCCUCCGAUGAACCAGGGUCACCCACCCGUGCACCCACCUAUGAACAUGAUGCCCCACCCAAUGGGGAUGAUGCCUCCUCCACCCCCACCUCCAGCUAGCCAGCCUCCUCCCCCACCCACCGGCCCCAUUCCACCCUGGCAACAGCAGCAAGCCCAGCAGCAAGCACCACCACCACCUCCCAGCAGCAGUAUGGCCUCCAGUGCACCCUUACCCUGGCAACAGAGUGAAUACCAGCACCACAACGACUACUACAGCGAGCGUCCCACCAUGGCAGCAGCAGCAGCCACCGCAGCAGCCGCCGCAGCAGCCGCAGCAGCAGCAGCAGCAGCCGCCGCCGCCCCAGGUGCAGCCCACCCCCGCCUCCAGCGCGGCCCCUCCCCCGCCCAUGCCUGCCGCCCCUUCUAUGGUCCCUCCUCCCCCUGGGGUCCAGCCUCCCCUCCCUCCCGGGGCGCCGCCCCCUCCGCCCCCUCCCCCGCCCGGCACAGCCGGCAUGAUGUACGCUCCGCCUCCGCCACCCCCCAUGGACCCGUCCAACUUUGUAAUGAUGGGGAUGGGCGUGCCAGGGAUGCCGCCCUUUGGAAUGCCCCCGGCUCCUCCCCCUCCUCCUCCCCAGACCUAAAGGACCCCUAUUUCAGUUACCCGUACCCUCGAACCAUGUUCAGAUAGAGAAAGGAAUUCACUCUAGGGGGAGCCAGGGUCACGGUGUCAUAAAUGGCACCUGAGCUUGUCAGGACACACUCACGCUAUUUUUUUUUUAAAGUUUUAGAAUUAAAAAAAGAAAGCCAGACAUACAAAAAUACUAGUGAACAGCUUCUGCACCUCGUUGGGAUAGAACUGAUUUUUGAAGCCUUUCGAUGAAGGUGGUGGUUGUGGAGAGGAGUUUGACCUGGCCUGAAAGCAGUAUUAAAACCAUGAGUUCUCUC